CCCUCGCCCACCAGUCGCGCCCGCGUUUAUUCCGCUGUGCACUGUGCAUCAUAGCUCUCGCUUGCUGCUGCGCUGACGCGACAAGCCCCAAGCUCCCCGUCCGAGCUCCCAAUCCCCAUCCCCAACCCCAGCACGUACCGAAUGCGCCGAUUCAAAUCGCGUCGCGACAACCAGCACGACCAACACAUCGCCAUUCGCAUGGGAUCGCGCAACCAGGAAUGAAGGUCUUAUCACCCUCCGGCCUGCACUAUCCCAUCACUGUCGGCGAGCUCGCCAAGAAGCGCGAUGACGAGGUGCAGCGCUCCGAGCCGCUCUUCACCUACUUCUACGAGACUAUCGUAGAAGAGGGCGACAAGUGGGGCGAGAAGAAGAAUGUCAAGAAGAGGUUCCCUGUGAAGUUCGAGGCUUCGGCAGACGGAACGAUUACGAAAUGGUUCAUCAAGGAGGGCACCGUCAUCCAGCGUCCAGGACUUGAACUCCUCGAAAUCGAAGAGCCAUGCACGCACGAGACCCAAUUCGGCGGCCUGUGUGUCGAUUGCGGCAAGGACAUGACCGAGGUCGACUAUCUCACCAAAGAGCUGAACUCGGAACGCGCCACGGUCAACACCACCCACGACAACGUUGCCUUGCUGGUCAGCCAGCAGGAGUCCAGGCGCGCCGAUGAGGAGACCAAGAAACGUCUGCUUAGCUCGAAGAAGCUCCAUCUCAUCGUCGAUCUCGACCAGACCGUCAUCCACACAACCUGCGAGCGGACAAUUGCAGAAUGGCAGGCGGACCCGGAAAAUCCAAACUAUGAGGCAGUUAAAGAUGUGAGGGGCUUCCAGCUUGCAGAUGACAAUGUCGCAAAUGUCGCUGCAAAUUGGUACUAUGUCAAGAUGCGCCCCGGCCUCCAGGAAUUCUUCGACAGGGUAUCACAGAUGUACGAACUGCACAUCUACACAAUGGCAACCCGGGCAUACGCGCAAGCUGUAGCCAAAAUCAUCGACCCUGAGCGGAAAUACUUCGGCGACAGAAUUCUGAGCCGCGACGAGAACUACACAGACAAACUGAAGAGUCUGCACCGACUGUUCCCGAACAAUACUGACAUGGUUGUCAUUAUUGAUGACAGAGCGGAUAUCUGGCAUUACAGCGACAACUUGAUCCGCGUGCCGGUGUUUAACUUCUUCCCGGGCGCCGGGGACAUCAACGCAAGCUUCCUUCCGAAACAGCAGGAAUUAGUCACGACGCCAUCGAAGAGCAAAGUCGCCGAGUCAACCGCGAAAGAUAAAUCAGGAGCUGAAGGUGAAGCCAUCUCCGCCUUUUCCGUUGCAGCAAACCCCACUGAGACCGUACCUGCAGAAUCUACCAAUGGCGUCGUGAGCGAGCUGGAGCAGCAGCUGAUCCAAAUGGGCGCCGGGGAGAGUCCGGAAGUCCUUGAACAACAGGUGAAAGAGCAGGAGAAGGUUAUCAUCUCCCAACAAACGGAGCGGCCUCUACUGCAGCAGCAACUCGUGCUCGACAAGGAGGACGAAGAGGCGGAAGAGUCAGAAAGCCCCGAGGCCGCUGAAAAUGGUGACUCGCAGUCUUCAGAACAUCACCGGCACCGGCACAGCCUCCUGCAUGACGACGACAGAGGUUUGGAAGUCAUCGAAGAUAACCUGCGGCGCGUGCACAAGGCAUUCUACGAUGAAUACCAGAAGAAGAAAAUCAUGCCACAUGGUGGUCGGGUAGCCGAGCUAAAAGGCGAGAAGAGCCCCAAAAAGCGACCUUUAGAUGACGCCAUACCAAACGUCACCCAACUCAUGCCUCGCAUCAAGCGGAAAGUCCUCGAGGGCUGCACUAUCGUCUUCUCCGGAAUAAUCCCCUUGGGCAUGGAUGUCGAAAACUCCGACUUCGCACUCUGGGUUAAGAGCUUUGGUGCGGAGAUAUCCCUUAAUGUCAACCGGUCGACGACGCAUGUCAUUGCCAAUCCCGAUCGGAAAACCACUAAAGUCAAGAAAGCCGCACGAUAUCCACACAUCAAGAUUGUGAACGCCGAAUGGAUGUUCCAGUGUUGCACGCGGUGGGAGCGCGUAGACGAAACACCAUACACCAUUGAAGUUGACGCUGCCGAGCGUGGUGGGUCCCCUUUCGAGGAACUUGAGGACGACAGUAUCAAUGUAACGGGUGAUGAGGAGGGCGAGCCUUACGAGUCGCCUACGAAUCUUGAUAUGUCGGAUGACAAAUGGCAAUCGCUUGGGGAUGAAUUUGAGGAGUUUAUGAACGAAUCCGACGACACGGAAGACGCAAGUGCAUCCGAUUCGGAGAGCGUCCGCUCCACCGCUAGCACGCAAUCAGAUGCGAAAGGAACUAAGCGCAAGAGGAAACGGAAGACGGAUUCCGCAGACGGCAGUGAAGCAGAGGAUAGCGAUGCUAGCGUCAACAGUACGUCGAGGCUGCAGAAGAGAAAGAAGCGCACAAUGGAGCGAGUAACAUCGCUGACCAACGUUGUAUCAGCAGACAAGUCUUCUGGUUUGCCUAGUCCUGAGACCACGGGCCCUGAAGAGGGACAAGGCGAAGAAGAUGACAAGGUCUUUGAUCCGCAAGGCCAGGGCGUGGAUCUCGCAUCCGACUACGAUGAUGGCCUGGAGGCGGAGAUGAUGGCGGAGUUUGAGAAGUCUGGCGGCGAGGACGACGCAUGAGCGCAGCAUCAUUAUCCGCUUUCGUCUCUUCUUCUUUGUACACACCGGCAUAGCGAAGGUGUUUGGCAUCACGGCGUUACACGAUUUUGGAGUCCAGGAUAUACCUGCUUGGACAACAACGGUGGUUUUAUGAAGCAUCAGCGAUCUGAAUGGGGUUGGUUUGCAUCUAGAAUAGGAUUUCACGAUAGUGGAUACGAGGCGUGCAGCCGCGAAUUGUGAUACCCUCGUUCUCAACUACCGUCAUUG